CUCUCAAUGUCAAUAGAGCAGUCGUUCCAGGCAGAUCCGUCGUUCUUUCCCUCUUCCCUCAAUUUUAAAUAUUGUUGGGAUUGCACAGGGCUAGCAAUCAAUUCGGAGAGAAUUGGAUGGAAAGAAUUCCCAAUUUUUGCUCCAUCAGACAAGUGUAAGCGUAAGUUGUUGGAAUAAUUCAUUCCUCUGUCAAAAGACCGAAUGAACCUUCAACGCCAUGGAUAAUUGAUGGAACCGGAAAACAUCAAAGAUUUUCUUGAAAAGCUCUUUUUUGUGAGUGAAAAGGACUGGUUUUCUUGCCAAGUGGUUUUUCUUUGGGUCCAAUCCAAGACGACUGGAAACCGAACUGCAAGACCACAUUUCGAGAAUUGAGUCGAAGUGAAAGAAGGAGUUCUUAAAAGCCAUCACUAUUCCGUUCGUGGGUAUGUGAAGUGUGUUUUGGAGUUCAGGAAUGUCGUUCAAAGGUCGGUCCAAACCUCUGCGUUUGUCUAGUUCUUAUGGAACUGCCUCGUUUUCGUCCUCUCGUCACGCCCAUUAUUCUCCAGUGGGUCAAUACAGUCAAGUGGAUUCAGAUCUCUCUGACCUAACUGAUCAUGAGGAUCCGGAAGUGGGUCAAGAUGGUGUGGAGGAAGAAGCCGACACGGCAUUUGACGAGUUGAACGAAAACGAUUUCUUCGCCACGCCCACUUAUUCCUCCUCUUCCACUUUUACGUCAAGCAUGACCACUAAUCCUGCUUCCUCUUCUUCCUCUUCCUCUUCCUCCUCUUCCUCCUCCUCAGCGUUAACGAGCCAUCAAAUGUUCAACAGAAAACGGAUAGCUUCCCCUUCUGAAUUAGCUCGAGCAGAAUUGGAUGGCAAUCGUCCCCGACUACACAACCCGCUCACCAUCAUUCAGCUGAAAGAUCCUGAGAAGAAUAUGGAGACCACGACGACUAGAUUGUAUCCAUCAGCUUGUCCACGCACCUGUCCGUGGUUUUUUAGUCAUCAAUUAAGUCAUUUGUCAACCUCCCGAAAAUGGAGCUUCCUGAUUUCCGUCCUGGCUUGUGCAUGCCUCGUGGGGGUCUUUCUUUGGGGUGUGCCCUGUUCGACGGAAGAUCAGGUAUGUCGUUCGCCGGGAUCUGACUUUGAAUCCACCCGCAUCAUGACUGGUCAACUCGCCUUGAGUGGGGACGACGGAUUUUUUGACCCCGCUACACCCGCUGCCUUACAACAACGUAUGACUGAUUGGUCUCGCAAGUUCACCAGGAUUGUGCUCACGAGUGGUCUUCACGUGACCCGGCAACCCCCCUCUCAAAAUGCGGACGAAAAAGGCCGGACGAUUCUGGUGAGUGGCUUUGUUUCGGGUGACUCUCAUCGCGGCAACAACCAAGAUGCUGGUCUCAUCGGUCUUGAACCUCGAAAAGGCCGCGAGCUUUGGCGCCGAGCCUUGUACGCCCCACCCAAGCAAAUGGAUUGCCACUACUUGGAUGUCAACUCUGACGGAGUCAAGGAUUGCCUGGUGAUUGGAGAUAAAGGACUCCUGGCCGCUAUUGACCCGGUCAGAGGCGAACAGCUUUGGUUCCUCCAUCACCACAUUCCUCUCGUCAACCUAUCCUUGCCCAGAUUCCUGCCCGAUCUCAAUGAUGAUGGCAUUCCUGAGCUUUUAUCCUCGUGUGCCGUCACAUUACCCAGUGGCAUCAGUGACCAUCGGGAGCACGUGCGCACUAACCUGGUGAUCAUUUCGGGCCAGGAUGGAACAGUGAUUGGCAGGCCGUAUUUGGUCGAGAUGUGCCUGGACAUCGGGGCUGUCAAUAUCACUACGCAUCUCAACAUUCAGUUUGACUGCCUCACUCGGAAUGGACCCGACCAAUUCGAAAUGACCACAGAGGAGCUAUUCCAGAAGAUUAGCCACCAAGAGCUGCCCAUGAGCAUACUAGAACGGAAUGGUGCGUUUGGCGAAUACUACCAGUUCUCAAAAUUGGGCGUGGAUCACCAAGAGACAGAGAAAGAUUCCAUUCAUUUGGACAUCGUUCCUCUGCGGGAGGAGUCCCCGGAAUUGGGCGUGACAGUCAAAAUCUGGGACGGCUUUGCUCAUCGCACGAUUUGGAACCACACGUGGCACCAUGCCGUGGCCUUUCAACCCGUCUCCACCCGGUUUGAGACGGAUCGUUGGGAUAGCCCCAUUGAAGGUUUCGUGUUUCGCUUGUGGCAAUGGCCUGAUAACACGAGUGACACUUUCACUCUAGGCCGACAAAAGCCUCAAGACGACGAGGACGACAAAAAAGAGAAAGAGCCCAUUCCGGCGGCCCAUCUAUUCAACUCUCAAUCGAACAGAGGCCGUUCCAAAACGACUGGAGGUCACGCAGCCAGUCACCCUCCGGAAGGCGAGGAGGAGGAGGAAGAGGACACUGAUUAUGCUUAUGAUAUUGUGUUCAAGCAUGCCAAUCCGCAGUCCUCGUAUGAUCAAAACGAGGAUGAUGAUUACUACACUCGCAAUCAAAAAGGAUCCCAUGAUUGGAUCGCCAGUGUGAUACCCUUUGGAGGUGGUGGCAGGAGACUAAUGAGUUGGGAUCGAGGAGCCUCUGCACCCACCCGGCACUUCCGUCCAACAACAGCCCAACCAAAGAAGGAGGGUGAUGGUCAUGUCGGGCCUUGGCCAUUGGAAAGGAGCCUUCGAAUUCAAGAGAGCAUCUAUUACAUCGUUUUAAACCACACCACUCCGCACCUCCAACGGAUAUUCUCGCAUCACAUUUCUCAAGUUUGCUCCUUGACGAACAUCAAGAAGGGCUCAGGGGCAAAUGAGAAGCCACAACAGUCAAGGAGGCAGCAGCAAAUCCAACCCAAAUACUUAUGCCAACCGCAUUUUGACACUCAGCCCAAUUCAAUGGUGAUAAUUGCUCCAGAUCUGGGAUCUCCGGACGCCAAUGAAUGGAGAGAUCUUGUGUUCUCAAGCCAGUUUUGGGGUGACCAAAACGGUGAUUUUGUGGACAGCUCGGAAUACUCCCAAAGUCAAGACUCACCAAGCCCUCUGAUCUCAGAUUUGCCUCAUCUUCGGACGUUGUUAAAGAAACUAAGACUGUUCAAAACGUGAGAGCUCUUUCUCCUCAUCCGUGCUGUUAAUACAAUGAACACAUAUCUCCAAAUAAAGUGGUGCCUUGUUUCUUAA